UUGAGUCUCUUUCCUCUCCUUUCUACAAAACGUUCACGACUUCACGCGCGCGGCUUGUCCAGUUGUCCUAAUACCUCGCUUCGUCCGGUUUGGUCGGCGCUGUCUCCAAAUCUCUUUGUCUUUUUCUUUUUCCCUUCCUAACUGAGUUGAGUUCUGUCUCGUCCUUUUGUUCCAUGCUUCUCUAGAUGUACCCGCGCUUCAAUGUCUCACCUGUGUACGACGGAGGAGCGAAAUUGGAUGAUCAUUCGCUUUUAUGGAUGAAUUUAAGAUUGGAUGAUCAUAUGCCGCUUACUGUAUAUGCCGUCUUCUCCUUCUCGCUCUAUACUCAUCAGAGGUCUCACUGUAUCCAAAAUUUGCAAGUUUAUUCCUCAAUCUUGGAAACAGCCACCGAGACUUAUCUCAAAACCCCAGUAUGAAUCAGUUCCAGCAACUCUUUUCAAAUCAUUUAGAUAUUGCAUCGCUCAUGGUCACUUUUAUGAAGCUUUCAGAGCUUUCUCUCUGCUACGUCACCAGUCUGGUUCUCACGAACUCGUUUUCCGUUCAGCGGCUUCCCUUUUAUCCACCUGUGUGGAGUUUAAUGAGUUCGUUUCAGGGCAGCAAAUCCAUGCUUAUUGUAUCUCGUCUGGUUUGGAGUUUGACCCUGUUUUGGUCUUAAAGCUUGUUACUUUCUACUCUGCUUUCAAUCUCCUUGACGAAGCUCAGACCAUUACUGAGAACUCUGACAUUUUCCAUCCCUUUCCGUGGAAUGUGCUGAUCGAUUCUUAUGUUAGGAACAAACGGUUUGAGGAGUCUGUUUCUGUUUACAAACGAAUGAUGGGUAAAGGGGUUCAACCGGAUGAGUUUACUUACCCGUCUGUUCUCAAGGCUUGUGGAGCACUACUUGAUUUUGCAUCUGGAAGAGUGGUUCAUGGCUCCAUUGAGGUGAGCUCUCACAGAUGCAGCUUGUACGUCUGCAAUGCGUUGAUAUCUAUGUAUAAAAGAUUUGGUAAAGUGGAUAUCGCUCGGAGAUUGUUUGACAGGAUGUCUGAAAGGGAUGCUGUCUCAUGGAAUGCAGUAAUUAACUGUUAUGCUUCUAAAGGUAACUUAGAGGAAGCUCUUGAGCUUUUUGAUAGAAUGUUACAAUCUGGUGUAGAAGCGACUGUUGUAACUUGGAACACAUUAGCUGGAGGUUGUUUGAAGAUAGGAAAUUAUGUUGGUGCUUUGAAUUGUGUACUUGAGAUGAGAAAUUACAACGUGGGAUUAGAUUCUGUAGCUAUGAUUAAUGGUUUGACGGCAUGCUCACACAUUGGGGAGUUACGAUUGGGAAAAGUAUUUCAUUGUCUUGCAAUUAGUAGUGGUUUCAAUAACAUUGACAAUGUUCGUAAUUCGUUGAUCACAUUGUACUCAAGAUGCGGUGAUCUUAGGCACGCCUUUUUAGUGUUUCAGGAGAUUGAAGUGAAUAGUUUGAGUAGGUGGAAUUCUGUCAUUUCGUGUUAUGCGCACAACAUGAGAUCGGAAGAGACCUCUUUCCUGGUGAGGGAGAUGUUGCUUUAUGGCUUUCACCCGAAUUACGUUACGCUUGCAAGCAUUCUCCCUCUUUGUGCUCGUGUGGCAAACCUGCAACACGGGAAAGAGAUUCACUGCUACAUCCUGAGACGUCAAAGCUUCAACGGCUCUUUAAUCUUGUGGAACUCCCUUUUUGAUAUGUAUGCCAAAUCCGGUGAAAUUAUAGCUGCAAAGCGAGUAUAUGAUUCAAUGAGAAAGAGAGAUAAAGUGACAUACACUUCCUUGAUAGGUGGAUAUGGCAUGCUGGGUAAAGGAGAAGUCGCAUUGUCAUUGUUCAAGGAGAUGAUCAGAUCCGGAAUGAAACCUGAUCACGUAACUAUGGUUGCAGUUUUAUCAGCUUGUAGCCAUUCCAAUUUAGUUCGUCAAGGACAAAGCUGGUUUGGGAAGAUGCAGACUGUUUUCGGUAUACACCCUCGCCUUGAACACUAUUCUUGUAUGGUUGAUCUUUAUUGCAGAGCAGGUCACCUGGCUGCAGCCAGAAAGAUAUUCCUGAAAAUACCUUACGAGCCAUCUAGUGCCAUGUGUGCUACUAUACUGAAAGCGUGCCUCAUCCACGGGAACACAGACAUUGGCGAAUGGGCUGCAGAUAAGCUACUUCUUGAGAUGAAGCCAGAACACUUAGGACACUACAUGUUGCUAGCAGAUAUGUAUGCAGCUACUGGUUCUUGGAACAAACUUGUAACGGUGAAGACUUCCUUGAGUGACAUGUGCUUGCAAAAGGCUCAUGAUUUUGCUUUGAUGGAAACAGAUUCCGGGUUAGAUGGAGUGAAUGACAAGCCUAUGAUCGAUUCUGCAGUUAAUCAGGAGCAAAGUUCAGAUGAAGAACGUCUUGUAGAAGUAGGAUAAAGAAUCAAAGACACUGAUAGAAGAAUAAUAUUUUUUUACUAUUCCAUGCUUCAGGAUGAUCAAACUGGAGCAUCAAUUUGUUGAUUGUACAUAUAUAAUAAUCCUAUAGAGCAAAAGCAAGUUUUAUAUGCAUGAUUUCUCAGCUAA